AAGUGUUAUCUAUAUUAUUAAGAGAAUAAGGAAAAUUUUGUUCCGGUCAUAUCUAUAUGAUAGAAUCGGUUAAUGUUAUCAAAUUUGGUAUCUUUAUAAAGAAAUUAGUAUAUUAGAGAACUUCUAAGUAUCAUAUCAAUUACCUGUCUAAGUUCUAAUGAAAUAUUCAAGUGAAUGGUGGGGAGAGGUGACUAGUGCGUUGGUAUACUUUGAAUAAUUAAAAAAAUUUUGUGCAUGUUCGGAAUAUUGCUGAAGAACUGAAUUGUCCUUGCAAUUGUCUGGUAACGUGUAAUACCCACUUCCAACAAAUGACAAAGAUGUUUAUUUCUCUAGUCUAGUUUCAACAGUUAUUUUCCAACGCUGGAAGUGAAAAGAUCGCAAACUCAUUCAUUUCUAAUCUAUAUAAGUAUCAAAUCGUUUUAGUUAACUAAAUUAAAAUAAAGAUUCAUUUUUAUUGGUGAAAAUAUUAUAAGGUUGAAUAUUUUAUUAAAUAUAUUACGAAUAUCAGUAAUCUUUGAACGUUGAAAUUUAAAAAAAUGAAAAAUUCUGAAUCAAAGCGAUAUACAACAGAAGUAUUUGUACUUUCUGAUCGGUCAAACUCUAGUUCAAACAUUGAGGAUCAAAGGAAUGAAAACUCACAAGUAUUGGAAACAGACAGAGAAACUUGGGGGAAUCCUAUCGAGUUCCUCAUGUCAUGUAUAGCGUUCUCUAUUGGCCUAGGUAAUGUCUGGAGAUUUCCUUACACUGCAUACAGCAAUGGAGGUGGUGCAUUCGUUAUUAUAUAUUUAUUAGUUCUUUUCAUUGUUGGAAAACCGGUGUAUUAUAUGGAAGCAAUAAUCGGUCAAUUUUCCAGUAAGUCUUGUGUCAAAAUGUGGGCUCUUUCUCCAUCUUUAAAGGGUAUUGGAUAUGGAAUGACAUUAGUAGUAUUUUCAGCACAAAGUUACCAAUCUGGUUUAAUGUCUCUAAUUGUAUAUUACUUAAUAAUGUCUUUUCGAUCAACAUUACCUUGGUCUACAUGUCUCCCGGAAUGGGGUGAAGAGUGUUUCAAUUCAUCAAGCCCUUUAUCUUCAGGUGUCAAUUCUUCAAAAAGUAGCUCUGAACUUUUUUUUCUCAAAGUGGUUAUCAAUGAAAGCGGAAUAGAAAAUGGUCUUGGUAUUCCUUCAUGGCAGUUGGUAUCAUGUCUUCUCUUCAACUGGAUCGUUAUCUUUUUAAUUCUUUUCAAAGGGAUGAAAACUGCUGGAAAAGCUUCAUAUUUCUUAGCUAUUUUCCCUUAUGUUGUGAUGCUGGCGCUAUUCGGAAGAUCUGUGACCCUAGAAGGUGCCAUUGAUGGAAUUAUUUAUUUUCUGCGCCCAGAUUGGAACAAAAUGACAGAUCCACAAGUUUGGUAUGCUGCCGUUACACAAUCAUUUUUUUCACUUGGUGUAUGUUUUGGAGUCGUUAUAAUGUAUGCUUCUCACAACAAAUUCGAUCACAAUAUAACUAGGGAUUGUAUGAUCAUUUCAACUCUUGAUCUUUGCACAAGCCUCAUUGCAGGUAGUACUAUUUUUGGAAUUUUAGGUAAUCUGGCUUUUAAACUAGGAACCGAUGAUUUCAAUUCGAUUGUUAGAUCAGGAACAGGAUUAGCAUUCAUCUCUUAUCCCGAAGCUUUAUCACAGUUUUCAGUUGUUCCAUCUUUGUUUUCCGUCUGUUUUUUCUUAAUGUUAUUUGUACUAGCCGUUGGUUCAUCUGUUGCUUGCUGUAGUACUGUCAUUGGCAUUGUUAAAGAUCAAUUCCCAAGAUUUUCCGAAUGGAAAAUUGCACUAGGAGUUUGCACAUUAGGAUUUGUCAUUGGGAUUAUUUACUGUACACCGGGUGGACAAUAUAUGAUUACUUUAGUAGAUUAUUACGCUGUUACAUUUAUAAUUAUUGUUUUAGCGACUUGCGAAGUUAUUGGUAUUUCAUGGAUAUAUGGAGUUGAUAAUUUUAUGGAUGACGUCGAAUUCAUGACAAAUAAAAGGCCCUUUGUGCUUUGGCGCAUAUGUUGGGUUUUCUUAACACCAAUCACACUUUGUACAGUAUUUAUUUAUUUCAUGAUUUCAUUACAUCCAUUAUCAUACAACAAUGAAUAUUAUCCAACAUCUGCAUAUGUUGCUGGCUGGACUUUGGUGGCUUGUGGACUCUUGCCAAUGUUAGUAUUUUUGACUACUACAAUCAUUCACAGUGAAAAGAAAACAUUCUCUCAUAUUUUCAAACCGGCGGAUAAUUGGGGUCCACGGAAUGCUGAAACUCGUGAGAGAUGGAAAGACUUUAAACUUUUGAAGCAGCAAAAGAGAGCUCUUGAUUCGAAAAAAAAUAUAAUAUCAAGAAUUUUUACAGCAUUAUCUGAAAAAUUUAAUUAAGCUGUAAUUAUAGUCAUCAUCAUUAAGUCUGCCCUGUCAUGACAAAACGACGUAUCUCAAAAAUUAUAGUUUCGAGAAAAUAGCGUUUAAAGUUUUAACAGACUUUGAGGACAAUUUAACAGAAAAAUAAAUUUCUGUUAUGACGAAACGCUGUAUCACGAGAUACGUCGUUUUGUCAUGACAGGGCAGGAUUGUUAUGACAAAAGGCUGUAACUCGAAGAAUUUAAUUUUCACCUGACGAAACAGUAAAAAACAUAUAAUAAGUAAAUGUUUAAUUAAGUCAAAUGAAUUAUUACUAAUAAAUAAUUUUGCAUAUUUUACGUGCAAAGUAUAAAUAAGAAUAAUUAAUAGUUAAUGGUGAAAAAAUAAUGAUGACAACAAUAUAAAUAAAUUAAAAUACAAUAUUAGUCAACUUUUUUUAUUAAAACGGAUAAUAUUUUCAAACAUCAACGAUAACAUUAGUAAAAUAAAUUAAUUUAUUUGUGGAACAAACAUAUAAAAGUUUUAUGAAUAACAGGCGUACAUAGUUAGUAUCUAUCAGUACAGCAGCGCAUUUUCAAAUAAAAUAAUUAUAUGUCAGUACUGGUUUCAGUGUCUAAAUCGACGAUAUCUUCGGUAAUGACUAAAUCGUCGUAAAACUUUCGUCGACUUUGUGGCAUACAUGAGGUCAGCUUCAAAAGAGCUGCUUUUUUUUCGGAGCUUAUUCCUCUUGGAGCUGUUUGUCGAGGAAUAUCUACCAAAAUAUCUUUGGAAUUACUAUCUAUGAUUGUUUUUGUUAAGAUAUCUUGUAAAUUUUUAUUAAAAAAACGUAAA